GUUAGGAGACAAGAUGGCGGCGGCGCUGUGGAGGCCGGUCUCCUCCUCUCCUCCGCUCUCCUCCGCCCCGCCGCUCGCCGCCUCCUCCCCGGUCUCCUCCUCCUCGUUCGCCGCCUCCUCCUCCUCCAGCAGCAGCCCUAGCGACCGCCGGAGCGCCGGCCCGCUCUCCCGGAGCUCCGGAGGGGGAUAGACGGGGCAGCGGCGGGCUCUGGCGACCGAGGCCGAGCUGGGGCCGGGGCGGGGACGGCGGCGGCGGCGGCGGCGGCGGCGCCGGGUGGGGAUGGGGUCGCAGACGCUGCAGAUCCUCCGGCAGGGGGUGUGGGCCGCGCUCAGCGGGGGCUGGUACUACGACCCGCACCAGGCCACCUUCGUGAACGCGCUGCACCUCUACCUGUGGCUCUUUCUGCUCGGCCUGCCCUUCACCCUCUACAUGGCCCUUCCUUCUUCCAUGAUUAUAGUAGCAGUUUAUUGUCCUGUGAUAGCUGCUGUUUUCAUUGUUCUAAAGAUGGUCAACUAUCGACUCCACAGAGCACUUGAUGCUGGAGAAGUUGUAGAUAGGACCGCAAAUGAGUUCACAGAUCAGCGAGCCAAAGCAGAGCAAGGCAACUGUUCAUCUAGGAGAAAAGACAGCAAUGGACCAAGUGAUCCUGGUGGAGGGAUUGAAAUGUCUGAGUUCAUUCGAGAGGCCACACCCCCAGUUGGUUGCAGUUCAAGAAAUUCUUAUGCUGGCCUGGAUCCAAGCAACCAGAUUGGAUCUGGUUCAUCUCGUCUUGGAACAGCAGCAACUAUUAAAGGAGAUACAGACACUGCUAAGACUUCUGACGAUAUCAGCUUAAGUCUGGGCCAGAGCUCUAGUCUUUGUAAGGAAGGAAGUGAAGAACAAGAUUUGGCAACUGAUCGGAAGCUCUUCCGUCUGGUCUCCAAUGAUUCCUUCAUCUCCAUUCAGCCUUCCUUAUCCUCUUGUGGACAGGACUUACCAAGGGACUUCAGCGACAAAGUAAGCCUUCCAAGUCACAGCCACCACCACCACAUUGAUCAGUCUCUGUCCAGCGCCUGUGACACCGAAGUAGCUUCUCUCGUCCCCUUACAUUCACACUCUUACAGGAAAGAUCACCGGCCGAGAGGUGUACCACGGACUUCUAGCUCUGCUGUGGCUUUUCCAGACACUUCAUUGAAUGACUUCUCUCUGUAUCAGCAAAGACGUGGGUUAGAUCCAGUUAGUGAGUUAGAAUCUUCCAAGCCUCAUUCUGGAUCCAAAGAAUCCUUGGUGGAAAAUUCUUGUUUAUCUGGGGAAUUUCAGCUUGUUGGUGAGCUGAAAAACAGUAGUUCUCAGCCACCUACAAAAAGUGGGAAGAGCAAACCUUUGAAAGCAGACAAAAGCAUGGACAGCUUGAGGAGCCUGAGCACGCGGAGUAGUGGGUCAACAGAGAGCUAUUGCAGUGGAACGGACCGGGACACUAACAGUACUGUCAGCAGCUAUAAAAGUGAACAGACCAGCUCAACUCACAUAGAGAGCAUCUUGUCGGAGCAUGAGGAGUCGCCUAAAGUAGGAAAGAAAAGUGGUAGGAAAAAAGAGUGCUGUGCUGACCCAGAGGACAGGAGUAGCUGUACCAGUGACAAAAGGACUAGUAGUGAAAAGACUGUCUUGGAAAUGAGUACAAAUAGUGGGGUUCAAGAGGCCAAGGAUUCUAAUACCUCUGAUAACAUGACCAAUCAGAGAGGUCUCAGCACCUCUGCAUCUGAAGAAGCCAAUAAAAAUCCCCAUGCAAAUGAAGUCACUUCCCAGGGGGACCAGCCACUUGGGAAAACUGCUGAAAACAAAGAGGAGCAGGGUGAUAAGUCAGUUGUUUCAGUGGACUCAAAAGUUGGUAAAGACGUUGAAGGAAAGCAAAAAGAAGGGGACGUACGACCUAAAUCUUCUAGCUUAAUCCACCGGACAGCCUCUGCCCAUAAAUCAGGCAGGAGACGGACAGGAAAAAAACGGGCCAGCAGUUUUGAUUCAAGUCGGCAUAGGGACUAUGUUUCCUUUCGAGGCGUUUCUGGUACCAAGCCACACAGUGCUAUAUUCUGUCAUGAUGAGGACUCUAGUGACCAAAGUGACUUGAGCAGAGCAUCAAGUGUUCAGUCUGCUCACCAGUUCAGCAGUGACAGCUCUUCUAGCACCACUUCUCAUUCGUGUCAGUCUCCUGAGGGCAGAUACAGUGCUCUCAAGACCAAACACGUCCCUAAAGAAAGGGGCACCGACCCUGAGCAUGCACACAAAGCCCAUUUGGGUCCUGAAGGAACUGGCAAAAAGCGGACAGCACGUCGGACUUCCAGCACAAACAGUGCCAAGACCAGGGCGCGAGUGUUGAGCCUGGACAGCGGCACGGUAGCGUGUUUGAAUGACUCCAGCAGGCUGAUGGCACCCGAAAGUGUAAAACCCUUAACCACUUCAAAAUCAGAUCUCGAGGCCAAAGAGGGAGAGGUGCUAGAUGAGCUAUCUUUAUUGGGACGGGCUUCCCAGUUAGAGACAGUCACUCGAUCUAGGAAUAGCUUGCCAACCCAGGUUGCAUUUCCUGAAGGUGAAGAGCAAGACGCAGUCAGUGGAGCAGCACAGGCCAGCGAGGAGGCGGUGGCAUUUCGCCGUGAACGCAGCACAUUUAGGCGCCAGGCAGUGCGGCGCCGGCACAAUGCAGGGAGUAACCCUACCCCUCCUACAUUGCUCAUCGGAUCACCCCUAAGCCUUCAAGAUGGUCAGCAAGGCCAGCAGUCCACAGCCCAGGUCAGAGUCCAGUCCCGCCCCCCUUCCCAGGCUGCAGUGCUCAGUGCUAGUGCCUCCUUGCUGGUGAGAAAUGGGAGUGUCCACUUAGAAGCGUCACAUGACAAUGCAUCUGCUGUAGGCGGCAGCAGUGUGCACGAUGAACUUGGUAAGUUCUCUUCUACGCUUUAUGAGACUGGUGGCUGUGAUAUGUCACUUGUGAAUUUUGAACCAGCAGCAAGAAGAGCAUCCAAUAUCUGUGACACGGAUUCUCAUGUAUCCAGUUCUACCUCAGUUCGAUUUUAUCCACAUGAUGUGCUCUCUCUUCCGCAGAUUCGACUGAACAGACUAUUGACCAUCGAUACAGAUUUGUUGGAGCAACAAGACAUUGAUCUAAGCCCUGACUUGGCAGCUACUUAUGGUCCAACAGAAGAAGCUGCCCAAAAGGUUAAACACUAUUAUCGCUUUUGGAUCCUGCCCCAGUUGUGGAUCGGCAUUAACUUUGACAGACUUACACUUUUGGCCCUGUUUGAUAGAAAUCGUGAGAUCCUGGAAAACGUGUUAGCUGUCAUCCUGGCUGUCCUUGUGGCUUUUUUGGGAUCUGUUCUUCUCAUUCACGGCUUCUUCAGAGAGAUUUGGGUCUUCCAGUUCUGCCUGGUGAUAGCCAGCUGUCAGUACUCAUUGCUUAAGAGUGUUCAACCAGAUUCUUCUUCUCCCAGACAUGGUCAUAAUCGUAUCAUUGCCUACAGUAGACCAGUUUACUUCUGUUUAUGUUGUGGUCUUAUUUGGCUCUUGGACUAUGGUAGCAGAAACCUUACUACAAACAAGUUCAAAUUAUAUGGAAUAACUUUCACCAAUCCACUGGUGCUUAUAUCAGCCAGGGAUUUAGUUAUAGUGUUUACACUCUGUUUCCCGAUAGUGUUUUUCAUUGGUCUCCUGCCUCAGGUGAAUACAUUUGUAAUGUACCUUUGUGAACAAUUGGAUAUUCAUAUCUUUGGUGGUAAUGCCACUACAAGCCUGCUUGCAGCCCUUUACAGUUUUAUCUGCAGCGUCGUGGCAGUAGCCUUACUGUAUGGAUUGUGUUAUGGCGCUUUAAAGGAUUCUUGGGAUGGCCAACAUAUUCCAGUACUUUUCUCCAUUUUUUGUGGUUUAUUAGUGGCAGUGUCCUAUCAUCUCAGCCGACAAAGCAGUGAUCCAUCUGUGCUUUUCUCUUUGGUACAAUCCAAGGUUUUUCCAAAAACAGAAGAGAAAAAUCCAGAAGACCCUCUGUCUGAAGUAAAAGAUCCACUGCCUGAAAAACUUAGAAAUUCUGUUAGUGAGCGUUUACAGUCUGACCUAGUGGUAUGCAUUGUAAUUGGUGUGCUAUAUUUUGCUAUUCAUGUAAGCACAGUGUUCACAGUACUGCAGCCUGCUCUCAAGUAUGUGUUGUAUGCAUUGGUCGGCUUCGUAGGUUUUGUAACCCAUUACUUGCUGCCCCAAGUUAGAAAACAGCUACCCUGGCACUGUUUUUCUCACCCUCUGCUGAAGACAGUGGAGUAUAAUCAAUAUGAAGUUCGAAAUGCAGCCACUAUGAUGUGGUUUGAGAAACUUCAUGUGUGGCUUCUUUUUGUGGAGAAGAAUAUCAUCUAUCCAUUGAUUGUUCUCAAUGAACUUAGUAGCAGUGCAGAGACAAUUGCUAGUCCAAAAAAACUGGAUACAGAAUUAGGUGCUUUAAUGAUCACCAUUGCUGGUCUGAAGUUGCUACGAUCCUCUUUUAGCAGCCCUACGUAUCAGUAUGUCACAGUCAUCUUCACUGUGCUCUUUUUCAAAAUUGACUAUGAAGCUUUUUCAGAGACCAUGCUAUUAGAUCUCUUUUUCAUGUCCAUCCUCUUCAACAAGCUUUGGGAACUCCUUUAUAAACUGCAGUUCGUGUACACCUACAUCGCCCCAUGGCAGAUUACAUGGGGUUCUGCUUUUCAUGCUUUUGCUCAGCCCUUUGCAGUGCCUCAUUCAGCCAUGUUGUUUGUUCAAGCUGCUGUAUCGGCCUUCUUUUCUACUCCACUAAACCCCUUUCUGGGAAGUGCAAUAUUCAUCACUUCAUAUGUUCGACCUGUGAAAUUCUGGGAGAGAGACUAUAACACAAAACGAGUGGAUCAUUCAAAUACAAGAUUGGCUUCCCAGCUUGAUAGAAAUCCAGGAUCAGAUGACAACAACCUGAAUUCCAUCUUUUAUGAACAUUUAACCAGAUCCCUACAACACAGUCUCUGUGGUGAUUUGCUCCUAGGACGAUGGGGAAACUACAGCACAGGAGACUGUUUCAUUCUUGCCUCUGACUACCUCAAUGCGUUAGUGCACCUUAUAGAGAUAGGCAAUGGGCUUGUCACUUUCCAGCUGCGGGGACUUGAAUUCAGAGGUACUUACUGUCAACAACGGGAAGUAGAGGCCAUUACUGAAGGUGUUGAGGAAGAUGAAGGAUUUUGCUGUUGUGAACCUGGCCAUAUUCCUCAUGUACUUUCAUUUAAUGCUGCAUUUAGCCAGCGCUGGCUAGCUUGGGAAGUGAUAGUCACCAAGUAUAUUCUGGAGGGUUAUAGCAUCACUGACAAUAGUGCUGCUUCUAUGCUUCAAGUCUUUGAUCUUCGGAAAGUACUCACCACUUACUAUGUCAAGGGUAUCAUUUAUUAUGUUACAACCUCUUCUAAGCUAGAGGAGUGGCUAGCUAACGAGACAAUGCAGGAAGGACUACGUCUGUGUGCAGAUCGAAAUUAUGUUGAUGUGGACCCGACAUUUAAUCCAAACAUUGAUGAAGACUAUGACCAUCGACUAGCAGGCAUAUCCAGGGAGAGUUUCUGUGUGAUUUACCUCAACUGGAUAGAGUAUUGCUCUUCCCGAAGAGCAAAGCCAGUGGAUGUAGACAAAGAUUCAUCCCUGGUGACUCUUUGUUAUGGACUCUGUGUUCUGGGACGGAGAGCUUUGGGGACAGCAUCCCACCAUAUGUCCAGUAAUUUGGAGUCAUUCCUCUAUGGAUUGCAUGCCCUAUUUAAGGGAGACUUCCGUAUUUCUUCAAUUCGAGAUGAAUGGAUCUUUGCUGACAUGGAAUUGCUAAGAAAAGUGGUCGUCCCUGGAAUCCGCAUGUCCAUCAAACUUCAUCAGGAUCAUUUCACUUCUCCAGAUGAGUACGAUGACCCUACCGUGCUCUACGAGGCCAUUGUAUCUCACGAAAAAAACCUUGUAAUAGCCCAUGAAGGGGACCCUGCGUGGCGGAGUGCUGUCCUCGCCAACUCUCCUUCCUUGCUUGCCUUGCGGCAUGUCAUGGAUGAUGGCACCAAUGAAUAUAAAAUCAUCAUGCUGAACAGACGCUACCUUAGCUUCAGGGUCAUUAAAGUGAAUAAGGAAUGUGUCCGAGGUCUUUGGGCAGGACAACAGCAGGAGCUAGUUUUUCUACGUAACCGUAACCCAGAGAGAGGUAGCAUCCAAAAUGCGAAGCAAGCUCUGAGAAACAUGAUAAACUCAUCUUGUGAUCAGCCUAUUGGCUACCCGAUCUUUGUCUCACCCCUGACAACUUCUUACUCUGACAGCCAUGAACAGCUUAAAGAAAUUCUUGGGGGACCUAUCAGCUUGGGAAAUAUCAGAAGCUUUAUAGUGUCAACCUGGCACAGGUUAAGGAAAGGUUGUGGAGCUGGAUGUAACAGUGGUGGCAACAUUGAAGAUUCUGAUACUGGAGGUGGAACUUCCUACUCUACUAACAAUGCAACAACUGCCCAUGAUCCCCACAGCAGUGUGUCCCAAGGAAGCACUGGAAAUCCAGGCCAGGGGUCGGGAGCAGGACUCCAUCCGCCUAUCACCUCUUAUCCUCCAACACUCGGCACCAGCCACAGCUCUCACUCUGUGCAGUCGACCCUGGUCAGACAGUCCCCUGCUCGGGCCUCGGUGGCCAGCCAGUCUUCUUACUGCUAUAGCAGCCGGCACUCUUCUCUUCGGAUGUCCACCACGGGGCUUGUGCCUUGUCGGCGCUCUUCCACCAGUCAGAUAUCACUUCGAAACUUGCCAUCAUCCAUCCAGUCCCGCCUCUCUAUGGUGAACCAAAUGGAACCCUCCGGUCAGGGCGGCCUGGCCUGUGUGCAGCAUGGCCUCCCUUCUUCCAGCAGCUCCAGCCAAAGCAUCCCAGCCUGCAAGCAUCACACUCUCGUGGGCUUUCUUGGGACAGAUGGAGGUCAGAGCAGUGCCACUGAUGCACAGCCAGGCAACACCUUGAGUCCCGCCAAUAAUUCACACGCCAAAAAGGGGGAGGUGAUUUACAGAGUCCAAAUUGUGGAUCCCAGUCAAAUUCUGGAUGGGAUCAACCUGUCAAAAAGGAAAGAGCUGCAGUGGCCUGAUGAGGGUGUUCGGUUAAAAGCUGGGAGAAACAGCUGGAAAGACUGGAGUCCUCAGGAGGGCAUGGAAGGCCAUGUGAUUCACCGAUGGGUGCCUUGCAGCAGAGAUCCAGGUACUAGAUCCCACAUCGACAAGACAGUGCUUCUGGUCCAGAUUGAUGAUAAAUAUGUGACUGUAAUUGAAACCGGUGUACUAGAACUUGGGGCUGAAGUGUGAGCCAGUGUUUUAUAACUACGUUUCUUUUCCCUCUCAAUUCCAAGACACUGGAAAAAGAGAGGAGACAGCAGAAGAUGCCUGCAGGUAUCGCUUGGAUCCUAUGUAGGAGAGACUCGAACACAGAGUGGGCUUCGCUAAGCACCUCUCCUUCGCCCUUCACCCCAACUCCUGUCGCUGUCUCCAUCCCCAAAUAAAGCUGAAAUAUUUUUUUAAGUUAGCUGCCAAGAAAACAUUUUGCAUGAAGGAUAAAGUUCUGUUAAAAUACAUCCUCAUCCUUAAAAAAAGUUUUUACCUAUGCAUUGCCUAUGCUUUAAAUCAACAAACUCUUGAUUUCUAAACUAUGAUCUCAUAUUUUUCUAAUUUCUUUGCCAAAAAUAAUUGCCAUGUUUUGUCAUAGAACAUGAAAUCCAUUUACCUUGAUUUUUAAAAGCAGACCAGUGUAGAAACCUUCAGUUUGACAUAUAGCAGUAUAAAAGUUUAAUGUACAGUGAAAGAGACUAUGAACAGACAUAGAUUUAUCUUAUGCCUUGAGCGCUAAAAACUUUAAUGGAAAAACUGCACUAAUUUUUUACAACAAUGCACUAAAGUCUGAGAUUUCUCAGAACGUUUAUUUAUAUAUGAAAAUAAAAUACCAUUAUUUAAAUUGCCUUUGGGAUGAACCCCUUCCCUUUCCUUAUAAACAUACGUAGCAGGAGCUCUGCUGCCUAUUUUUCUGUUAGUAGUCUGUACUUCAUGCCAGUACAUUGGAUGUUUUCUUUAAAAUGAAUAUCGAAUCUCAAGCUAUACAUGGCUUCAUCAUUGGCGUUUCCCGGAGCCAAUAGUCAGUGACUCGGUCCUGUGAACACUACUGCCAGCUCCCGUGUCCACAUUUCAGACGCGCUCCCGCUGGGCGUGCCCCAGGCACUCUGCUUCUCUCCACCGGGGCGAGCGCUGCUGGGGUCAGUUCUGGGAAGAAAAUACUUUUGCUUUUCAAAGACGAUGAUGAAUGUCCAGAAAUUUAAAGAAAGGAUUGAUUGCCUUUUAUUUUAAGAGUUCUUAGCUCUUGAAGUUAUUCACAUGCAGUUCAGUUAAUCAAGUAAAAUUUUUCAAACAAAAUUAUCCCAAUGGUGCAGUUCUUAUUGUUAAAUCCUCUUUGAUAACUUUGCCUUUUAUUUUCCUCCUCUCUUCUUUUUCUAUUACUUGAAUUUUAUUUUCUGUAAUUUAUAGUGUGUAGCUGUAAUUUGAAAUAUUUAUAACUGUGAAAUUGACUUAAUUCAUAUGUUGUCUCAUAACUUAAAUUUUAUUGGUUUUUUUUUUUAAAUGCGUGUAUUCAGGGAAUUAUAUAAUUCAGAUUUACAGUUGGGCUAGGUGGGAACUCCAAUUUAGGUUUAAUUUUAAAUUUUUGGCAUUUUUUAAAUUCUUCAGAAAACUUUCCCUUUUUGUGUGAAACUCCAAAGAAGACUGUACGUCUCCUCUGAGCAUUUAGGAGCAGCCAUCUUUCCACCCCCUGUGAAUGGGAAGUAGAAAGAAGCAGGUGAAAGUAAUUUCAGUCGUACAUUUUAUUUAAUCCAAUAUAUCCAAAGUGUUACUAAUUCAGCAUGUGGCACUGGGCAUAUGUCAAGUGCAUAUUAGCCACGUGUGCCUAGUGGCUACUAUAUUGGACAGCACGGGUGUAAAGUAUCUUUUGACGAAGUGACGGGAGAAAGAAGCUGUUUUUCCUACUAAUUCUGAUGUAGAUCUACAGAUUAGCCUAACGCUUCAGUAGAAGGAAUGAAAACUAAGGAAGUAAAUGGCUAAUAUACAGCAUAUUAUUGCAUUUCCACUCCAAAACCUAUUUAUUUUUCCUUUUUCAAAUUUUUGCGGUUAUUCAGGACCCAAUGUGCCUCGUGUUGAUGUUUCCAGACUUCACACUUUGCAAAAUUUACUGUUUAAAAACCUUUGUGAAGUGGUUUUCUGAACCUUUACACCAAGAUACCCUUUCUAAAUCGACCAAUUAAAAUGUGUUUUCCUGAUACUGGGGUUAUAUUUUGUAUUUGCCUCCUUUUGGCAAAUCUCUAGUAUGCCGUGAAGGUUCAGGCUCCUUUUUUUUCCUUCUGAAACUGAAUAUAUGAUCUCUGUAUCUCUAUCUCUAUAUGUUUAUUUAAAAUCUUCUCAAAGGAAUUAUGCUCCGUGCUGCUUGUUCCCUUUCUGAAAUGAGCGUGAUCUUUUCAUGUUCAUUGCCUAGAGGAGAAGAUAAGAGGAGCCUUUUCACUCAAAUGGCAGAUAAAUCUUCAUUUUCCUACACAGAAAAAAAAAAUCUGAACUUCAGAUGAUUUAAUCAUAAGGGCUAGAAUUAUUUUUAUUCCUAGCUUCCCACCCCCACCCCCAAUUGUUAAACACAUCACACACUCUAAAAAGUCAGAUUUCAAAUAAAAAAGUAGAUUUUAUACAGAACAUAUAUAUUGGGUCUUGAUUUGGGAUAGCAACUAAUGGACAUUUUUCUCAAAACAAGUUGAAUUUUGUUAUCAGAUAGCCCUGUAACUAGUGAAUAUAUCAGUUAGGAACCCUAAGAGGAGCCAUGUCCUUAUUUUUUAAGUCUACAACUGAUAGUCUUUUAAAAAUCAUGAUACUUUUCCAAUAAUUGCAUCAGGGGGAGUGGUUAUAAUUGAAGAAAGAUUCAUGUGUUAAGAAUAAAUCGACCUAAAUUAUUGUAUAGAAAUAUGCACACUUUCACUAAUUAAAUCCAUCAUGUGUGUCUCACCCAGCACCCCCUCACUCCCCCCUGCCUUGGGGAGAAGUGAGCUCUUUGAUUCUCCGCUGAGCUUUUGCAUGAAUGUACAGGACUCCAGCACACGCUCGUUAGUGUCUUUAGUUCACAACUGCCAAAAUCUGCAAAGUUCCAUCAUUUGAAAGUAAAAAUAUGUGAUUAAAACACUAGCUUUUUAUUAUUUCUUUUAAAUAGAGUUUCAUUGAUAGCUUUCUGGUUUUUUGUCUUGUUCGAUUUUGUUUUUUCCCCUUUUUGAGAGAGAGUCCCGGAAUGAGUUAUAAAUUGUUAGGUUUGUAUCUUAUUUCCUCAUUCAGUGGUAAAAAUCAUUUUAUAACUCAAAAUUAAGCUUUUGGUUAAUCUUCCAGCUUAUAACUUGGUGUAAGCCCUCUUUUUACACCAUUUUCAAUACUUGAUAAAACUUUAAAUGUUCACUUUUUCCUAAAGAACUCUAAUUUUUCCACAAGUCUAGAUUAAUAUAAGGUGUUGAUAUUUAAGGCACUUGGGAGAGUAGGUGGUAAGGCUGUUAUACAUUUAAGGUAAGAGGAGAUUAAUUAUCUUCCAGGAAAUUAGUGAACAGACUUAAUCAGUAUUAUGCCUUCCUUGAGUUUCCAUUACUGGAAGAUUAACUUCCGUUAGAUUUGAAGUAUUUUUUAAAAUAUUUCAAGUACAUCUGAGAUACUUCUACUAAUCCUUGAAACAGAAGCAGUCAGACAGUAUUUCUAUCCUGACUGAGAUAUGGGAAAUUACUCUGUGUACUAAAUGUCAGGCAAUGAAAAUACAAGUUUUUAUGUAGGAAAUACAGCUCAUUAAGAAGAGGUGUUUUUCUCUUCCUGGGUUGGUUUGUUUAUCCAUCUCAUAUCAAAAUAUAAAAAACAACUUCAAAUCUAAGCAAGGGUAACUUAGCCUUAAUAAAUUCUACUUUGCUUCUGAGCAGCAUCCUUCUGCCUUUGCUUAGAAAUUCUUCAUUUGGUGGAUUGCUGCAUUGAGUCAUUCUUGCAGACCUGGGUCUUUUAAACUUAUGAUUUGCCCAGAAUCUAAAAUUACCUUUUUCUUUUAGUUAACUUUUAAAAACCUUUCCUCCUAAAUAUGUGACUUGAGAAAAAGAUAACUUAGUAAUUUUGCAUGAGAAUUCUUUGAAUUUAUGAUUACUAACUACCAAACUAUAAACUGCUGCCCAGAUUAAUUACUUUUUGUUUUUAUUUUCAUUACUUUUUCAUAAAUAUGGACAAAGCUCUUUUUUUUUUUUUUUUAAGUCCUCAGUAUUCAUUCUUGUUCUUUUUUGUCAUAUAAUAUAAUCUUAUAAAAUUACUUUGCCUGGACAGACACAGUCAAUUUUUUCCUUUGAUAUGAUACGUUGUUCAGAUGAGGUAUAAAACAUCCAUUUUUAUUCUCGAGACUUUUCCUUUAAUUCCCAGAUGAAUGGAGAGAAUAAUGUCAGUCAAGUCUGAGAUGAUACAUGGAACCUGUUAAUGGACUUUGAACUUUCUGUUUCAGUCCUGUGUGGAAAUUGAGUUUUACUGAUCUAGAGAAAGAUGAAAAUUAGAUAUUACCAUGUAUUUGUGCAGCAUAAAUUUUAAUAUUACGUUGGAUAUACAGUUUCUUUUUUUUUUUAAGUAUUAAAAAACCAACCUCUCUUUUCUUCAUUUCUCUUUAAAAAAAAAAAAAUCUCAUUGAUAUACACCUAGGCCUUCUCAUUUUUAACUUGUUAAAUAUUUAGGUAAGAACUGUGAUUGGAAAAGGAAUUAAUUAUUAUACAAAUAGAUCUGGUAGCUAUGUGAGUGGAGUAUUAAUUUUGCUUGAAACAGAAGUAUAUUUUCUGCUUUGGAACCUCACCAGAGUUAUCUGUCAUGAAUUAUGUGUAUAAGAAUUUCUCUUUAUUGCCUGUUAGCCAUGUAUUCUUUCUGAAUUAGAGUAAAUAAGUUCAAUUUGUUAGCUGAACUUCAUUAUCUGCCAUUUUAUGGAAGCAGCAUAACAUUCUUCGUGGGAACCAGAGCUGAUUGUCACCAAAAGGUUAUAUGACAACUCUGUCCUAAGACUUAUACCUAUUAUAUAGGCUUAUAUCUUUUUCCUUAUGCCUCAGCUCUGUACCUGACAGUUUAUGAUUCAGAGGAGCCAAGCUAGAAGGAACAAAAGUCAUCUAAGGUUGUGAUAAAGAUGAAUUCCUGGGUGUUACUUGCACAGAUGGGGUGAUACCCUGGAAUUUAAAACAGAAUAGUAGUGGAGGAGGAGACGGCUGCUCCAGAUGGCUCUUGGGUUUAGUACAAUUGUGGUUAAACAAGAUUUUUUAUAUACGAAGCUUGAUUCUACAACCAAAAUAAUAGAAAUGGGGGGAAAAUCAUGUCUGCUUAUGCUUUUUAAAAGCUUAUAGUUUAAGUAAAAUAAAUUGUAAAAACUGAUUACCUUAACCCUAUACAAGUCUGGCAAUGAGCUCUGCAUGAGGAAAUGGAAGGAAGAAUACUAAAAAUGAUUCUAGGAAGGUGGGUGUGAGGAAGGAAAAUGGGUUUCCCUUUUCUGAUCAUGGGCUCUGAAAGUAUUCAUUGCCUCUACCAGCAUUCAGUAUAAACCAGAGAUAAGAAUAUAUGUACUCGCGUGUGUCCGUGAGUGUGUGUGUGUCUGAGUGUUUGUUAUUCGAAAGAGCUUGUAAAUAUUGUAGUUGUUUAAAAUGGAAAAUAAAAGCUGAGAUUGUUUUUUUCUUUGCAAAUAUAUUGCAUCAAAAAUACAGUAUUGACAGUGGAUAAAACACUGAGGAAAUAAAUUUUUUUUUCAUUUUG